GACUGGGCUUCUCAUACUUUGGGGGUGUUCAUCUGCUUAAAUUGUUCGGGGAUCCACCACAACAUCCCCCACAUCAGCAAGGUGAAAUCCGUCCGUAUGGAUGAAUGGGACUCAGUGCAAGUCGAGUUCAUGGCUUCCAUGGGGAACACUGCCUCCAAAGCAAAAUAUGAAUCAAAACUCCCACCAUUUUAUUAUAAGCCAACUUUUUUGGACUGCCUACUGCUACGAGAACAGUGGAUCAGGGCUAAAUAUGAAAGGGAGGAAUUCAUUUACAUCGAGAAACAAGAACCUUACUCUGCAGGCUAUCGGGAAGGGUUUCUUUGGAAGAGGGGCCGCGACAACGGGCAGUUCCUGAGCAGGAAAUUUGUCCUUUCGGAACGAGAAGGUGUCCUGAAGUAUUACAACAGAAAUGAUGCGAAAGAACCCAAAGCAGUUAUGAAAAUUGAGCAUCUCAAUGCCACCUUCCAGCCGGAGAAAAUUGGAAACCCCCAUGGGCUGCAGAUCACCUAUUUGAAAGACAACAGCACAAGGAAUAUCUUUGUAUACCAUGAAGAUGGCAAGGAAAUGGUGGACUGGUUCAACGCCAUCCGUGCAGCGCGAUUCCACUACUUGCAAGUGGCGUUCCCUGGAGCCAGCGACAUUGAUCUGGUGCCAAAACUUUCGAGGAAUUAUCUGAAAGAAGGCUACAUGGAGAAAACCGGGCCAAAGCAAACAGAAGGCUUCAAAAAACGCUGGUUCACCAUGGAUGAUAGAAGAUUAAUGUAUUUUAAGGAUCCUUUGGAUGCUUUUGCCAGGGGAGAAGUUUUUAUCGGGAGCAAAGAAAACAGCUACAAGGUCUUGGAAGGGCUCCCACCGUCCACCCAGGGAAAUCACUGGCAACACGGCAUAACCAUCAUCACCCCUGACCGAAAAUUUCUCUUUGCCUGCGAGACAGAAAGUGACCAGCUGGAAUGGAUUUCAGCUUUUCAGAAACUGAUCAACAGGCCGAUGCUGCCACAGGAAUACGCAGUGGAAGCCCAUUUCAAGCAUAAACCAUAGUGAUGGUCUGAAUCAAGAUCGGUUUACAACACACAAGGACAUUGGUUUCGAUUUUUUUUGCAAGGCUAGCAAUGACCAACCCCCCCCCCCGAAAAUUAUAUAAUUAGUGCUUCAUUUUAGACUACAAGUUGGGAGGUGCAAUUAAACGCUUGAGCUGCAGAUGACCGUGCUGCCCGUCCAAAGAAGACUGAAGUCACAGGCAACAGCGGCCUUGCAUUUUCCUGGGAAUGUUGUCCUUGAAUACAUAUGGGGUGGAUAACUUCCAUACACUAGUUGAGGAAUUAUCUCUGAAGAUUUGGAAGAAUCCUGACGCAGCGUCCUUCUUUUCCUGUCCUUUCCUCUGUUUGGCUCUUGGCUGACCGAUUGUGGUGACAUCCUUGUGUAGAACAUGUUCCUAAUGGGUUUCCAUUCUCUUCAGCAGCCAAGGGGGCAUGUUCAGAAGAUGUAGCAGAACCUAGAAAAUGUCUAUGGAAGGUAUCAUUCAUGAUGCUCAAACUCUGGUCUGGGACCAGACAGGAGUGGGAGGAAUGGGAGGAGGGAGGAAUGAAGCCAGAAAGAGGUGGUACAUGAUGUUGAAAUUUGGACAGUGGACCUCCAUUGCCUUGCUGUCAGAUGCCAUGGUGGCAUCACUUAAUACAUCUGUUCUACUGGCCCAGCCUUGUUCAACUUAGUGCUCUCCAAGAGCGUUGCCAAUUACAAAAUCAGGGAACAAUGACCCCAACGCAUCAUGAAAAUGUCAGACGGGGAGAGGCUGGAUUAGCCAUUUCUUUGGGUUGUUUUGCUAUUUGUCACUUUGUGAUGCUUGAAGAAUGGACCCUUAGCAUGACAUUUGGGUGGGGAAGGGCAACUAAGAAGGGAAAGGAAAAAUACCAGCUCUCAUUUGGGGAUAAGAUAGGUCUGCAUGACUCAGCAAGGAGCUGAAAGGCUUGAUUCCCCCAACUCUAUGCAGGAGCAUCCAUGUUAGUGUCAAAAAAGUCACGAUGGUGGCUGUGACUGAAGCCCUGCCUUUUUACGUAAAAGAAAGAAAGAAAAAAGGAGUAGGGCUUUGAUGGCAGCAACCAUUUUGACUCUUCCCUCUGCCUUCUCUGGAUGCAGGGUGCUAGUUCCUCGACCUGUAUUGCAGCUCCUUCAAGGUGCCCUUAAAAACAAACCGACAAGCAUCACGAGCAUUAUCCUCCCUCGGAAGAAUUCACGAUACUGUCACCCAACCGCCAUUUCUAAGCUGGGCUGGAUUAUGAACCCGGGGAGGCUUUUGCAAUUGUCCCUUCAGGGUAGCCCAAGAGUGGAAUUAUGCAGAGCAGUGAUUGACUGCACAUAGAGCACUAAGCCAUGGUUUGCUUCAUCCUGGUUUAAUGACUCAGCCAUCUCUGGUUGAGUUUGCAUAAUGUGCCAAGCCUACAACAACCCAACCCAAUGCACUGUGAAUUAAGUUGGAUGAAUGAGCGGACCCUUUCUGACCAAGAGAUGUGAUUUCCGAGGUUCUUCCUGCAUAAUUUACAGCUUUAAUGACGGUGACAGCUACAACGUGGAAAAUGUUGGUCUUAGAUCAACACAUCGUUCUGAGAAAAAAGAAGUGGGGAGCUGACUCAUGGACUCGACCACAGACAGAGGAAUUCACUUCAGAUGAUCUCUUUGGAAAGGAUUAACUUCUUUAGAACGCAUUAACCUUUCUGAAAAAAAUGGAAGUGCAUUGGGGACCCACUUUGGAGGGAGGAGCAGCAGCUCCUGCUUAUGCUACAUGAGAUGCUGGCUUGCUGAAGUUGGUUGCAUCAUCAGCUGUGCAGGAAGCCCUGAGAUGUCUCAGAAGACUGCAGAUUUGGGGGUGGGAAAAGGAAGGGAUCCAAGGAGCCCUUUGGAUCAGAGGGGGUAGGAAGAACCAAGGAGCACCACAGAUGACUCAAGAAAGUGAGCUAAGUUGCAUAUCAGAUGUAUUCUGUGAUGGCUGAUUGGUGUUUAAUUCUGCACCAGGCCACCUUAAAAGGGCAGCAAAGUGCUCACAAUCUCUUUGUUGGAAGAUGUGAUCCAGUUUCCUUGCAAAUCCUCAAAGCGUUGUCGUUUUCCUGCCUUCAGCUGGCGCAAAUGCUGCUUUUAGAUGCAUUCAACGUACUGUUGACCCGUGCAGAAUCCCCUGCUGCAAAGCAUGGUGGAAAACUCAGAUGGCAGGACGUUCCCUUGUGUUGCUUUGGUUAUGCACAAUUGCUUGAUGUGCUUUUUGUUUUUUUAAAUGUUGCCAAGGAUGGAUUUUGCUUCAGAAAAGACUGCAACAAGAUCUGCAUGGUUUUUAUGAAGGUAGUCUGACAUAGAAGGCAUUCUUUGUUACUUGUAAGUGGAUUUUGUUGUUGUUCUCCAUAAAAAUUCUGACUCCAAAUGGGAAACCCAGGUGAUAGGUGUAGUGUACAGGUUGGCAGAUAAUACGGGACAAGGGACUUCUUGAGCAUCCAGAGACUGAGAUACUAAGUUUGCUGAAAAUGUUAGUAUUAAGCACACUUAGGUUUUGUGCUAAACUGGGAUCAAGCAUCACCUUGCUAAGAGAGAAGAGCAAGGAGAAAUUUAAUUUGCUGUCUUUGAAGUACCUUACUCUUCGGACCGGAACAACUCUUGGAUCAGUUUGCCCUUGGGUUUACGUUCUACGAGAUGUGACACAAGGAACGGGUGAGGAGGGAAGAGGAAAGAAAAAAAGGCAAGUUCAAGCAUGGGACAGUUCUCCUCAUGAUCAUUUGGGAUGACAAUAAUUCAAGAAAUGUGAUGGAAUGGCUGCUAGGUGGGAAGAG